UGAUACUCAGUCAAUUUGAGCUGUGGAUUUCUGUGGAACUGGUAUUUGUCUUGUCUUGAGGGGACACUGAGUGAUUUUGGCGGAGACUUUUUUCACAUCUGUGGUAGCCUUUCCUGUUGAACCAUGUGUACUGGUAGCUGUGCUAAGUGCCUGGGCAUCACUCUCAUCCCCCUGGCCAUCCUGUGUCUGCUCUGCAACAUCUUGCUCUUUUUCCCUGGAGGCAAAACCGUUGACAACAAUGACCACAUCACAGAUGAGGUGUGGUACUUUGGCGGGAUCUUCGGCUCUGGUGUUUUGAUGAUUUUCCCAGCUUUAGUCUUCCUGGGUCUGAAAAACAAUGACUGCUGUGGCUGCUGUGGAAAUGAGAGCUGUGGCAAGAGGUUUGCGAUGUUCACCUCUAUCAUAUUUGCUGCUAUUGGUGUGGUGGGAGCUGGUUAUUCCGUUAUCAUCUCUGCAGUCGCCAUCAACCGGGGACCCAAAUGCGAAAUGUUGGGUUCGGGCAACUUUUCAUACCCAUUUGUAGAGGGAGACUACCUGUCGAACCACAAACUCUGGGAUGCCUGUAAAGGGCCAGGGGACAUUGUGACCUGGCAUCUGACCCUCUUCUCCAUGCUGCUGGUCAUGGGACUGGUGCAGGUGGCCCUCUGCGGCUUCCAGGCCAUCAACGGAAUCAUUGGCACCAUCUGUGGGGACUGCUGUGGAUGCUGUGGGAGUAGUGAAGGUGCCUGAAGGAUCCACAACUGAGAAGUAGCAUCAGUCCUAAAGUUGUGUUUUACUUAUGUAUUUAUGAUGUUCAACUGUGCUUUUUUAAACUGACUUUUUUGUAACUGAUUUCUAUAGUUUUGCCUGAUGGAAAAUCGUAUGAUGGCAAAAGGGGCCAAAACCCUAGUCUUUCACUCGUAAAUAUUUAUUUUUGCACAUAUUAGACAGUUUUGCCUUCGAGAGCCAUUGGGAGUAAUGAUGCCAUAAUGCUGAUGAAAUUAUGGUUUCACUUCCUCUUCUAAAUCUCUUCACUUCUUCUCACCUACUGUAUGUUCAUUUUUAAAGGCAACAUAAACAUCCACAGUAUGUUAAGCAUUGUAGAGCUAUGUCAUAAUUUUCAGUAACAUUUUCUGAAACAAAUUCCAAUAAUUUAAGUCACUGACUUUGUUUUCCUCAAGAACUUUUGAAAUAUUUCACCACCUUUCAAUAAUGCGGUGGCAACUUGUAUCUACCACAACUUUGCCUGUUCCUCUCACUAGAGUGAGUAUCUGGAUAUGUUCCUGUAGCUUGCUCCUCCUCAUUUGCUUUGAGGGUUUAUGCAACUUUACAGCUUAAUUCCAUGCUGUUCUCGUUAAUACACAGACAUUGUUUGCUUCCUCUACUCUGAGUAAACAUUUACUGU